AUGGCCACGACCGCCAGUCGUUUGUACAAGAAGAAAGGGGCAGUUGGUGGUCACACGGGGAACCACAAAACUGCGGGGAAAAAGAACGCAAGUUUUUGCGUGGACUACGUCCCGGGUCACGUGUUUCGCGGUCUCGGCCAAGAUAUCCUCUAUGAAGUAUCGCGUAGCUAGUAAUCGCCAUCAUGCAAAAUGCAUUGCAUUGCAACUACUAAGUAUGAUCGGAAUUAAGUAUUUUUUUUUGAUGGCAUCUCUACUGCUAAAGCGAUACUUUUGCGAAUGUAUACAGGGGAAUAAAGAACGAAGAACUGGUCAUAUAGAAGGAGUCCCAACCGAUGAAAAGGUCGCGAAUCAAGUCUGUGACGACGCUCCUGCUCCGCUCGAGCCACUAGAAGAAGCCGGAAUAGGCCUGG